UACAGAUACAUUUUUGAUGUGUUUCAAAUACCAACUUUAGAUCAACAGAAAACUUAUUGCUUUUUUACAAAAUCUAAGUGCGAGCAAAGUUAAUUAGAUAUUCAGAGUUGACAGUUACAAAAAGUGGAAUUAUUGACGAAGGUUUUCUUUUAAUUUCGACGGAUAAAUAUUUCUUACUCAUCGCUUAUUCUAUGGAUUAUGUUUAAAUUGUGAUGCAUCCAUCAUUGUUCUAACUUAAUAUGAUGUUUAAUUUAACGAAGACGUGAUGCUUUAUUUAUCUGUUUCAUUAUGGAAACUGGAUUUUACCAACAAAACCAAGCAAAUAAUAUAUAUGAUAAUCUAAUUCAAAAUUUAAAAUAGCAUUGGUGUUCUCGAAUAUAUUAAAUCUGAAGUGUAUUGCGAGUGGAAGUAAAAUUAGCAUUUACUGUUGUAUAGCGACCGGCUUUCGAAACAACAGACAGUGUCUUGACGGAUUUACUGAAAGGAAAUAUAAAUUAAUUUGCUGCUAUCUUAAAAGAAGAUACCUAAUUUUUUGAUAUAUGUCUCUUUCUGCAGAAGGAAAUGGAGAAUGAAAAUAAGCAUGUUAACAUUCCAUCGGGAAUUUCUGUCAACGAAUCAAAUUUCCGACAUCCACCUUUGGACUAUGGUGAGGUCAUGGGCGUGUAUCAAACAUCUGUGAAUUCCGACCAGACAGGCUCGGAUAUUCCACCUCUUUCAUACAUCGACAUCAUGCCGCGGUGUCUUAGUGAGGGCCAUAUUGCUGGAAAAAUCAUUCCGAAAUUUGAAGACUUCAGCGCUAUACUAGAGGGAGCAAAUCGAUGGUUGCAAGAUCACCCGGGUCUGACAGUAAUUAAAUGUGAAACUGUUGAUAAACGUCUACAUGAAGCAAAAGAUGGGUCACUCAUUUACGAACUGAAUGAGAUGCUGAGGAAUGAACCAUCCAACGGUUUUACUGUAUAUGUUAAAGGACUGAGAAUGUGGAUGAAAAGGAAUCCUAAACCUUCCUCGGAGACACAGCAGAUUGGUAUCCGGAAUAUAGUGCCUGAAAAACUCACCAUCGAACUACCAACACAUGGUCAUUACAGAAGUGGGCGGUUGGUGAUUAGCCACGAGGUAAGAAUGUUAGGAGGCCUUCAUCCAUUCCAUACGUACGAGGGAUUUGAAGAUACAAUUAUCCGGCUCAAAGGUCAUCUUGUGGACGACCCCAUACCAGGAUCAAUACUCACCAUAGAGACUGAUAGUUUAAAGGUAUGUCAGAAAGUGAAGAAGGACCUGAACCCUAACAGCACGUGCUGGUCCGAGGAGAAAGAUAAAUGGCGGCGAGAUACGCUCGUGGUACGGAUAUAUUAUAUCAAGGGUGAACCAGCUUUAGAAGAAAUAGGUUAUGAAGACUUGGUGCCGUAUGUUAUCGAUCCACCAGAAUCUGAUACCUCUAAUCAUGGAAAAUUUGAAAACUUUGACAGUAUGAUUUCAAGGCUUGGCACAUGGGUAUCGCAAAAUCAGGGAGUGCGUAUAGUUAACAUCCAACAGUUUGACGCCAGGGUUCAUCAGUCACAUGUUGGAACAUCCCUGCACAUAUCCUCGGACUCAACGGACCACGUGAUUGACACACACUCUGAGAGACGUAUGGCACGAGCACUCCGAGUGAUACACGUGACCACACCGCUCACAAUAAACAGUGCUAACACCGCCACAGAUCGCUUGUUCCUGCCAGCACGUACUGGACAUAAAACAUUCGAAACUAUGACACAAACUAUGGAGAGAGUACAGGCUUGGCUCCGUCUAACUGAUGUACCUGUUCUCUCGGUAGAAACUGUCUACAUUUUAUUUCACGAACACAAUGUAGAAAGUACGGACUACACGCUGUCAGAAUACACAGUACAUGCAGAGUCCGGGGGAAAGCACUGGCUCACAGCUAUCAGGCUAUAUCUAAGCUCAACCUACACCGAACCAGACCCGGCUGACCUGCCACCAGUUCCGGAAUAUCAUCACGGACUGCACGGACACGGACCAUGUUCUAUACUGUAGUAAAAGGGGCGACUACUCGUACACAUCCACAAAGUUUUGUUCUGUACUGUAGUACAAAGGGCGACUACUCGUACACAUCCACAAAGUUGUAUUUUUGCAGCGAAAUUAAUGUCGCACGAACUUUAUAGUUACUGUUCUAAUUUCACGGGGUAUCGAAGCAUUGAUAUAGCUUGUAUAAACAAAAUGCACUAGUGCUUGUUAUAAACUAUGCUGCAUUGUUUUCGAUGGAUGUCAAAAUGCUUCAGCAUUUCAUGUUGAUAUAUGUGUGUUGCCAUUAAAACGAAAAUAAAUGUUUCAAUAUCAGUGCGAAUAAUGAGUUAAAGAUGUUUUAAAUAGCGGCGAUGUCGUCUCUUUUGGCGUAAAGGUCACGGUUCUGAUAUACACUCUGACUUUUGACAUAAUCGAAGGAAGAAUCUGGUGGUCCAGUUUAACUUGAUUGAUUGUUUGAAUUUGAUACAAUCUUGUGUCUAGAACGAUGUUGAAAUGGCUUUUCGUGUGCCGUAAAUAUUUGGUUGUGAGCAAGGUGAUACAAUAGGUGUUGCUUUAUAUGCACACAUUUUUUUUGUUUAUUGUGCACAGUUUUAAUAAAUAUUUACAACCACA